GAUAAGAUAACUGAUAAGAUGUAAGUAAGGCAUGAGAUAGCAAGAGCCUGGGGAAGAGUACAGUAUAUGUAACCAGUGUUUGUUUCUGAACUCCUGUACUAUAGGGAAGAUAUUGAGUCCUGCUCCAUACAUUCCAGUCCAGUGGGUGGCGGUAAUGCACCAUUAUGUUGUUCGCCAACUGAAAAUAAACACUACAAAGAAGAAGAACCGGAAUCAUCACUCCCUGUUCACGUACGGCGUGUUAUUGAGCAAAGACUAGUCUGUUUAUUUCGGAUUUUUAAACAAAUAUCACGAUGCACAUAUGUAGUGUGUGUAGUCAAGAGACGCCAAAAUACAGAUGUCCAGCCUGCAAAAUAAGAUAUUGUUCACUUGGCUGUUACAAAAGACACAAAGAUACUUGCCUUCCUACUGACCAGCCUAAACCCAAUGUACCUGAAGUGAAUGAUACUACAUGUAACGCUCUUUGGACUGUUGAUGAUCUUUUGCAUGAAGAUGACAUCAUUGACAAAGUACCUCUGCAAAGGCUCCAGCUGUUGGGUCAGUCAAAAGAGCUGAGAGAUCUUCUUUGCAACCCCCAUCUAAGACAGUUAUUACUCUCUAUUGACACCGCAGAUAGCAAAGACGAGGCCAUGAAGGCUGCCAUGCAGGAGCCUCUGUUUGUUGAGUUCUCAGACCAGUGUUUAAAAAUUGUAGAAAAUGAGUCUAAAGAUUUAUAACUUCUUUUAGAUUUAGAUUUACUUAUACUUUUGUUGUGCAGUCUCAUACAGCAUAAAGUGUCACACUUGAUACAAACUGUUUUAAACAGAUGUAACUUUCUCUUUUGAUGUAAUUUUUUUUCCCAUUGUUUCAAUAAACACUGAAACAUUUCAAUCUA